AUCCUUUUUUUUUUGCAGCAUCAGUACCGCGCUCGUAUCGCAUUCGUUUGCUGGAGUCGGAGCGCGCUGCGGGGCGACACUGCACCGCCAAGGAGGACGCACAAGCACGGUAGAGGGGGGACUGGAGAAAGGAAAAAAAGACAGAGAAGGUAGCGCACAGGGGAGACUCAUAGCCUACCCCCUCAUUUGAAUACUGGAAGAAAAUAUAACAUUGUCGGACCUUUAGACAUAAGAAGACAACGAGGCGGAAAAACCCAGGCGAUUAUAUUUUAGCCAGCACGGCGGGGAAACAAUGAAGGAUCGUACACAAGAACUACGAAGUGCGAAGGACAGCGAUGACGAUGAAGAAGUUGUCCAGGUUGACCGGGAUCAUUUCAUGGAUGAGUUCUUCGAACAGGUGGAAGAGAUCCGAGUCUGUAUAGAUAAGCUGUCAGAAGAUGUGGAGCAGGUCAAGAAGCAGCAUAGCGCCAUCCUGGCAGCGCCCAACCCUGACGAAAAGACCAAGCAGGAGUUGGAGGACCUCACAGCUGACAUCAAGAAGACAGCCAAUAAAGUUCGCUCAAAAUUAAAAGCAAUCGAGCAGAGCAUUGAGCAGGAGGAGGGGCUGAACAGAUCAUCCGCAGACCUGCGAAUUCGUAAGACACAGGUGAGUCACUCACUCUAUCUGCUGCACAUCCACUGAGGAGAUGCCAAGUACCAAA